AUGCUGGGUCGUCUCGAGAUGAGUGUCGAUGAAUGCAUCAAGGCUUACUCCGAACUGUCCAAGGAGGUGUUUCAUAAAAAGAGAAGGGCGCCCAUUGGCAUUAAAGGAGACCUCAAAGAGCGUUACGACAGUGAAGCUCUGGAACUCGCUGUCAAGAACGUCUUGCGAAAUCGCGAUAUGGAUGAGAACGCGCUACUCAAGAAUCCUCGAGGGACCAAACUGUUGGUACACUGA